AUGUCUUCGCGCGCUGCUUGCCGCACCAUAAAAUCCGCCAUGGCUCAUAUCCAAACCCGAUCUCUAUCUAGCGCCUCCGGGCCCAGGCAUCUCCUGUCCAUUAGCGACCUCAGCCCAGCCGAGUUCACAAAACUCGUUCUCAAUGCGUCAUCUCACAAGGCCGCCGUCAAGGCCGCUUUCGCUGCCGGCGAGCAACCUCCGAAACCGCUCCACGGCUCCUUAACAGGCAAGACGGUGGCCAUGAUGUUCAACAAGCGCAGCACCAGGACCCGUGUCUCGACAGAAGCAGCUGUGCAAAUGAUGAGUGGUCAUCCCAUGUUUCUGGGCAAGGAUGACAUCCAACUGGGCGUAAACGAAUCCCUGUACGACACCUCAGUCGUGAUCUCAUCCAUGACCUCCUGCAUGGUAGCCCGCGUAGGCGCGCACAAGGAAGUCGCCGACCUCGCGGCGCACUCCUCCGUGCCCGUCAUCAACGCGCUCUCCAGCGACUACCACCCGCUGCAGACGAUCGCCGACUUCCAGACCAUCCACGAGAGCUUCCCGGGACGUACCCCCUCGGACGCCAGCCUCGGGCUCGAAGGGCUCAAGGUGGCGUGGGUGGGCGACUCCAACAACGUGCUCUUCGACCUGGCGAUCGGGUGCGUCAAGAUGGGGCUGGACAUCGCGGUGGCGUCGCCGGCCGGGUACGGCAUCCCCGCGGCGAUGAAGCAGGUGAUCCUGGCGGCGGGCGAGGGCGUGGCCAGCCCCGGCCGCCUGACCGAGACGCAGGUGCCCGAGGAGGCGAUCCGGGACGCCGACAUCCUGGUGACCGACACGUGGGUGUCGAUGGGCCAGGAGGAGGAGAGCAAGAAGAGGAUGAAGGCAUUCGCCGGGUACCAGAUCACUAACGAGCUGGCCAAGCGCGGCGGCGCGAAGCCCGACUGGAAGUUCAUGCACUGCCUGCCGAGGCACCCGGAGGAGGUCGAAGACGAGGUCUUUUAUGGCUCUAGGUCACUUGUCUUCCCCGAGGCCGAGAACAGGCUAUGGGCCGCUGCUGCCGCCUUGGAAGCCUUUGUGGUCAACAAGGGCAAGAUCCUAUAA